GAACGAGAGAUGAACAGUUCGGAAAUCACUCGUGUGCGCCGUAGUUGCAGAGGUUGAAUAAGAAAACAUGGCAGCUGGUUGUUGCGGAACGAAAAAGCAGAAGCUAAACAACUCUUCCAGUGUUCCGUGCAACGGUGCCGUGAGUUUACAGAAUGGCAUUCGUAUACGGAACUCCAUAAUAGUACAGCCUGAGAUGGGCUUUUAUUGUUUCGAUGUUCUUUACUGCCAACUGCACCAAAUAGAUCCACCAAAACCGCCCAACUUCAGCAACGAAGCAUACCCAUUAUUUGUAACAUGGACUAUUGGCAAAGAUAUGAGAUUACGAGGCUGCAUUGGCACAUUUAAUGCAAUGCAUUUACAUACAGGAUUGCGGGAAUAUGCAGCCACUAGUGCUUUUAAGGACUCUCGAUUUAAUCCAAUAACACGGGAUGAACUACCACGUUUGCAUGUCAGUGUUUCCAUACUUCGACAUUUUGAAGAUGGAGCAGAUUAUUUAGAUUGGGAAGUCGGAAUUCACGGAAUACGUAUUGAGUUUCAUAAUGAGAAGGGCAAUAAGCGGACUGCUACUUAUUUACCAGAUGUAGCAAUGGAACAAGGGUGGGACCAGAUACAAACAAUAGAUUCUUUGCUACAUAAAGGUGGGUAUAAAGGAUUAGUAACUCCUGAUAUUAGACGCAGUGUAAAGUUAACUCGAUACCAGAGUGAAAAAGUGACUGUAAGCUAUCAGGAUUAUAUGACUCAUUGGCAAAGUCAAAGAUGCUAGCAACUGCCAAGGGGUCCUAAUAAAGGGCCCCUCUUUCUCUGCCAAAUUGCUAGCAAAAUUUAUUAUUUCAAUGCUAUUAGAGUUAAUUCUUGUUUACAAUAUAUUAAUAAGAUAAUGGCCAGUCAACAAACAUUACUUAUGGUAAAAUCUGAUCACCUUUUUUUUGUUAUAUCUAUUGGUUUUCUGAUUAAAUUAUGUAUGCAAAGUCGUCCAUUUUUUUCAAGGGAACAUUUCAGACUUUUUUUUCUGUUAUUAUAUCAUUAUAAUCACAGCCAAUGUCUUCCUACAAAGAAACAUGAAUUUUGGAGUGCAAUAAUAACAAUUAUAUUCGAGGGAAUUGAACAUAACCUCUUGUUAUUUAAAUUGGUGCCUAUAUAUUCUCCAUUUUUCAUGUUCAUCUAGAUACUUUAUAAUAUAUUUUUUAAUA